CUCUAUUUCAGGAAAAAUUUGACAGUGACGACAUGAUUGAUCAUAGAGGUCAUGUUCUGCAACAUAUGAGAAAACUUUGGAAUAAUUGGAGAGGAUCAUUGCACAAGAAAAUGAAAUCGAAGUCAUUGCAUGAGGUUCUAAAAGAUGAGCCGGCAGGAGUAGAAAAGAGUGAUUGGCAAUGGUUGGUCAAGGAGCAUUUCUUAUCUGAUAAAUUUAAGGAAGCAAGUACAAGAAACUCAGUCAAUAGGUCUAAGGUAUUUAUGCCUCAUCGUACGGGUAGCAAACCUUAUAGAGAGAUUAAUUACGAAAUGGGAGGCAAAGAUGGUAAUCCACCAAACAUGACAAUUAUUUUCUUUGAGACUCAUAAGAAGGACGAUGAGCUUGUCGAACCUGAAACCAUCGAAAAAUAUGCUGAAAUCCAAGAGCUGGUACAAUCUGAACCGUCUCUUACUAAUAUUGAGGUAGUGGAAAGGUGCUUUGGACCUCAAUGCAAAAGUCAUGCAGUUGGAUUUGGGGGUGGGAUAACCACUAAGGAGUUGAAAGGUGGUACCACCUCAAAGGCUGCAUUGUUGGAAGAGCUUAAAACAACUAAAAAAGAAAAGGAAUCACUACAAAACCGCAUGUAUAUUCUGGAGAGUAAAUAUGAACGGCUUGAACGUAUAUUGGUUCGUCAGCCUUCAUCACCUCCACUAGAUCAAGAACUUGAAGAUUGAAGAAAUGUGCUCGAACAAAGUGCAGAGCAAGUUGAAGCGCAUUAUGUUUAUUGUUUUAUUAGUAUUGGUGCAGAGACGUCAUUUGUACAUAUGCUACAAUUUCCUUUUCUCAAUUUUUAGGAUUUGAUGGAUUUAUUUUGUUGGACAUAUAUAUGUUUUUCAGUAAUUAAUGUGAUGUUUAGGUUUUUGCGCCUAACAAUGAAAUU